AUGGAAUACUCUUUUUAGGAUAAUUAGAUUUAGGAUCGACAAUAACAACAAAAUACAUAAAGUAGUAGAAAUGAAAUUCCAGUUGCUGAAAAUAUUUAAUAAAUAGAUCAUAUUUCUAACUCUGAAAAUAAUAUAAUUUCACAAGUAUUUGAAUAUGGAUCAUUUUACUCAUCAUAAAACCAAGUAAUUAAAAAGAUGCAUUCUCUCAAAUUAGGAUCUAAUUUUGAAGUAUUCACAAUAGCAUUUUCAUUUAUGUAAGAAACUCGCGAAAAUGAUGAAAAAUAAAAAAAGAAAAAAUAAGAAGAUUUUAUACAUUUAAUACAAAUUGGUAAUAAUAACCAGAAACUCAUAUAAAUUAGUAUUGAUCCAAACACUUAAUACUUGUGUGUAUCUUACAAGAGAGAUGUGGAUUAUGAAUACUUAUUUUCACAAAGCAAAAUAAGACCUUCUAAAAUAUAUCAUAUUUAGAUUACAUACACCUCUACUAUGCUUGAUGGUUAACCUUGCUAUCAUAUAAAUAUGUAUAUAAAUGGGGUUUUGUAAGGAUAGGUCGAUUUUAGUAAUCCAAUAAAAUUUGUGGUUAAAAGUUUGAUAUUCAUAGGUUCUGAGAGUGCUGAGAACCUUUUUAUGGGGUAAAUAUCAGAUUUUGUUAUAAGCACAUAGGAAUUUUCGAUAGAAACGAUUAAAGAAAUUUUAGAUGAAAAAUGUUCUUCUUAUGAAGAAUUAAGAAACUUACCAUCAAUAUUAAACAUUUUAGGAGAGUUAGAGGUAAAAAACACUAUUGGUCUUUAAAACUCUUUAAUGACUUUGCAAAAUAAGCAUUAAGUACCUUAUUAAUUGUAAAGCUCACACGGUGCUUACGAAGGUGAUAUGCAAAUGAAAAAAUCUCUCUUGUUAAAGAAUGAUGAGAUUAUGCAUCAAAAUCAUAAAAAAAGAAAGCAUUAUGAUGAUUUUAGGGAUUCUCUAUUACGUAAUGAUGAUUUAAAUAUUGCGAUGAGGCAGAUGAGUUUAAAUUAUAGAUGGAUAUUUACUACACUUUUUGCAAUGUCACCUUCUGUAGAUGAUGGAAUAGGAUAAAAAGUUCCUUUUUUCUGUCUUCAUACUCUAAUUGCUAACGGUAAUAUUUAGGUGAAUGAAAAUUAUCCCAUUUAUGUUAUAGAAUCAACUCGAUUUCAUAGAGUUCUAAGCUAUUCAAAAGUUAAAAUAAGUAGAGAAUAGUUAGAAUAUUUGGCAGAUAAGGCUGGUUGCAUUAAAACAUUUACAUUUGAAUAAGAAUUAGAGAAUAAUAACAAGCAAAAGUUGAAAAUAGAGGGAAUUUUUUAUGAUCAAUUUAUGUAAAUGGCCAGGGAUAUUAGCCUUAACGAAGAAGAAAUUUAAAUAGUAAAAAACUAAGCUUAGAUAAACCCUCAUCAAGAGGAAGAAGAUAUAGAGCGGGAAAAGAGGGAAUGGCUGUCAGUCUAAAAUGAAUUUAUUAAAGAUAAUAAAAAGCCAAUGUUUGUUUAUAACUCUUUAAAGCAUUUAUAAAGAGUUUUAAAAAUGAAAAAAGUUCCUGAACCAUUCAAAGAAUGCAAUCUAUAUAAAAUUGUAGGAUUUUAUCUUAUUCUACCUCCCUUCAGGUCUCUUUCUGAUGUCGGAUAUUAUAACAAAUUUGUUCAAGCUCUUUUUUAAUACCGUUAUUAGAAUAGUAUUACUAACCUUUUUAAAGCCAUAUGUCAUGGAAGACUUACAAGAUGUGAAAUAUCACUAUUCCAUUCGUUUGUUGUUGACAAAUUAUAACUAGAAAGUUCCCCUAAUAUCGAAGAGAUUUUUAAAAUGUUAUGCAUAUCAAACCCAACUAGCUUUAAUGAAAAAGAAUUUGACUUCUUUUUGAAUAAUUGGUGUAUAGGAUCUAUUUAUUAGCAUUCUAAAACAGGUGUAUAAAUUUACAUAGACUGUUUUAAUUAAAAAUAUUUAGAAAUUGAUCCUUAAUCAAAAAAUUUAACUGACUUUUUUAAUCAGUCAGCUCUAGGCUUUUAAAAUAAUGCUAAUACAAAUACAUAUAAUUAAAUGAAUAAUAACAAUAAUAUUAAUGGUGGAAACACGAUUGAUUCUCAUUAAUCAUUAAAUUCUAAUUCUUAACCUGCUUCUAUUGCAACCUCUUAUUUCUAAUUUAGGGUUUUAAUUGAAGAAGGAGAAUCAAUACACGGGCUUUGUGGAAUUGAAAAAGAUGGAUAUGUUAACUUAGAAUCUCUUAAAGUAAUAACAAAUCAAAGAAAGAUAUAAAUAGCUCCUCUUAGAAAUCACAGAUAGUUUUAAAAUACUUUUAUUUAUGAUCAAAAAGUUUCAUCACCUAAACCUUAAUAGAAAUAAUAAGAUAAAUUGGCUGCACACCAGCUAUCUCCUUGGGGUACUUCUUCACAAACUACAGCCUCUCCAUCUUUUUAACCAAAAAGUAGCUAAGGAAAUUAAUCACCUUUAAUAUCAUCAAAUUAAUUAUCUGUUUUUGGCGAUAACCCUGAUGAUUUGGAUCCUAAUGCUUUUGCCAUUAGAAAAAAGAGUUCUACUAUGAUAACCCCAAAAAACCAAUUAUAAUAGCAAUAACAAUAAUAAUAAUAAAUCGAAUAAAAUUAAAAUCAGUAAGAUUAAAUUAGCUAAAAGAGAACUUCAAUUACCUCUCAUAGUAGUAGUAGCCCAUAAAAUGCUAAUGGAUAAAUUAGAAAUUUAACUGUAGCAAUAACUUCUGCUACCAAUGUAAUGUUAGAUAAGAAACAAGAAUCAAACGCAUAAAAUUAAUAACCUCUAAGUAUAUCUGAUAGAAAUAUUAGGGUAGGAGGAGAUAAUUAAAAACUUGAAGAUAAUUUAUUUUUAUAUUUUGAUCCUUAAGAGAUGCGAAAAGUUACAGGGUUCGAAAUUUUAAUAAAUCAAGAUCAUGAAUGCCCAAUUAAGUAUUAAGAAAACUAGCUCAUGAUGGACAUAUCUUCAUAAAAAUAUUUAUGCCGCUUUUCUACUUUGUAGCUUUUAUCAAUUUCUUAAAAAUCACCUAAGACAUCUAUGGAUAUGAAUAUAAACUUUCAAACUCCAACAUUAUCUCAAGCAAACAGCUUCAAAGCAUAACCACAGAGCUCAGCUAAUCAUCAUAAGCAUAAUUCUUAGAAUUCGAAUGAUUUUUCUUUACCACACAAAGGAAGUUAAUUUAAUAGUAAUAUUCAUGAUCACGAGAGUAAUCAUGUAGGAAGUGAUUUUGGAUCAGGUACUAAUACAAUUUAAUCUCCAAAUAACCACUCUGGGCGAAAGUAUACUAACUAUUAAGACUAUCCUAUCAUAUGCAAUUAAUGGAAUUAAGGGAAAUUUUAAGUAAUUGUUAAUCAUUGCACAAAUUGUGAAAAUCAUCAAACAACAACCUGGCACGAAGAAGCAGAUUUUUGUGAAAAAUUCAAUGAACUUGGUCUACUCUUAUAAAACUUAUUUCCUAAUGUAGAGAUUAUAGGUAACUUUGAUAAACCUAAAAUUAUUGAGUCAUUCGAAGUUUACAUUAGAGGUGUUGGUCCUAUAGAAAUGAGAGAUACAUAAGGUCGUAUUAUAUUGUAUCGUAAAAAUGAACCAUUAAAAGCAUUCCUUACUUAUUUCUAGCAGAGAAUGAUCAAGGUUUUUGAUGGAUUAAUAUUGUUAAGUAUGAGCUAUGCUGAUUCUUCUGAGAUGGAAAAAAUCCAACUAGAGUAUUUAAAUAAAUACUAAAACCUCAUCCCUCCUAUAUGGAAUUAAUAUCACGAGUAUCCUUGCAUAGUUCCUGAAAAGAGGUAACAAUUAGAAGAAGAAAAGAAGAGAGAAACCGAGAUAUCAAUAGGAACCAUAAUGAUAUGUAAAAAUUGGGGCUGCGGCUAGUAAUAUGAAUACACUGAUGAUAACAAUUCAAAUAAGCAAUGUUUUUAUCACCCAAAAGCUUUUGAUUUGGGAUCAAUGCACGGAUUAUGGCCAGAAUCUUGGUCUUGUUGUAGAGGAAAUUGGCAUUCUUCUGGAUGCACAAGAGGCAGACAUAGAGGAUAGCCAGAAAAAAAAUUUUAGAAGCUUUGCAUAAAUCAUGGUGCUAUUAACCCUGAAACAAAAAGGCCUGACUCUGCUUGUGGUAAGUUUUAUUCAGAAAAUGAUUAAAAAAUAUGCAGAUACCAUCGUGGAUACUUUAAAAUGACUUCUAAAGAUAGUGGCUACUGGACAUGCUGCUUAGAUGGAUCGUAUGUGGCUCAUGGAUGCCACGAAGAUACACACGAGUCAGCUACUUGGCCUGAUCCUAAAGCUAAGAUUUACUUUGUUGAAAGACAAUUGAUAAACCCAGGGCUAGAUAGGGAUAAAAAAAUGGAUACAUUUGAGAAAUCAUCACUUUAAUCUUUAAUUUAUAGAUAAACUUAGGCAUACAAACCAUACAUUACGAAAAAAACUUUGAUGGAAAUAGAAAGAAAGGCUAUGGAAAACGAGACAAGAAUAUGCCUUAAUUGGGGUUGUGAGGAGAAAUGUAUGAGAUUUAAAGAAGUUGACAAUAUCAAAGAUUAAGAAAGAAGAAUAAAAAAUUGCUAUUACCAUCCUGGGUAUUUUGAUUUUGGAAAUGUAAAUAAACCUGGAGGAGGCAUAUUAUCGAUUGCAUAGUAGCUAGCAAAUCCUUCAUAAAUAUACAUACCAGAAAAUGCUAUUAAUCCUCGAUGGACUUGCUGUAAAAAGCCAUGGAAAUAUCCAGGUUGUAAAUUAACUCUUCAUAGAGGUCCUGUUGAAGCUACUAUGCCAGAACUUAAAUAUGGAAGAUGGCCUAAUGUUAAUGCUAUGAAGCAUUUUAAGAAGUAGUUCUCUGCCUAAUUUAAGUAGAAAAUGGGUGAACUCAUCCUAACAGAAGACCUUGCUAGGCAUAAUUGGUAUCAAUUUUCUAUAGGAAAAGAAUUAAUCCCAAUGGCUAGAAUAGGUGAAUUGUGUGAUAAAUUUAAAUUGUAUUGGAUGGCUUUGUUAGAAGAUUUAUCUUAUCAUUUUAAAUACUUUGACGUUCUUAAAGGUGUAGCAUAAACUCUGUUAGAUAAUGGAAACGGGUUUAUAGAAAGAGAAACAUUUACCAAAUGGUGGUUUACUCCUUUAGAUUAAUAUCCAUUAAAUAUUUGA